GGAUGACGCAAAAAUAGGUGGUAGUGCUCAUUUUUAUACAAGAGGAACUCUAAAGUCCCUCGUCCCGUGUGAGGGGCCCCCUCGGCCAUUCCCUCAUGGGACCUUUACAACUACUAACUUAGUGAGAAUAGGCAGAUAUUAUGGCCGACUCGUUUCAAUUGCUGACCGUUCUGGGGAACGGCUCCAAGUCGGUCGAAGCGCAUUUCCGCUACCCCCUGGGUGCCUACCAGAGCGGCAGCACCUUGGUUCUCUGGGACUACGUGAAGGACAAAAAGCGAAACAUACCGCUGCUCCCGAAUCAAUGGUGCCACCACCUGUUUUUCGCGAAAGACGGACUCACCAUUCUUGGCUUGUGGCUCGGCCAGGGCGGACAACCGACGCUGACAUGCUGGCGGGUGGCGGACGGCGAGAAAAUUGCCGAGCAAACAUAUCCUCUGCAAACACUUGAACUCGUCUCUAGAUGCACGGUUGUGGACUUGCGUUUUGGGACGAGGUGUCUAUCUACGACACCUGGGCCCAGUAUAUUCAGAAAUUUCAAUUGUACGCUAUUGCAUGAUCUUAUCAUGGUGCAGUCAGAAGACUCGCCGUACGCACAGAUUCUUGCACGUGUCUGUGGUUGGAAUGACAAUUCGCUAGAAACACUUCUUAUCUCCGAUCAAUGUCGAUGUUUGCAGUGCAUACAACACUGGCCGACACAAGUGGCAGCGGGGUGGUCUCGGCCUUUUCCACGGAAACACACAUAUUGGUCGUCUUGCAGAAAGGUUGUGUCGGUUUUGCGUCGGUAUAAAUAUUAAGUAUUCAUCUGCUGCUGCUCUUUGAGUUUUGAUUAGGUCAAUCAUCAUCUGCAUUUGAUGCAGGUUCGUGUUUGGCAAAGGAAAGCAUUAGCUCUCACUCUGACCAGCUGCAGCUGCCGGAGAUGAACAACCACGAUCUCGUUAGCACUUGUCUACUACUCAGGUCGUGCAAUGGGACUCGCGCACCCUCCGACACCAAAAGCUCGCCCACGGCCAUGUGGGGAACACCGAGGACAUUAUUACGAUCCAGAUGCUGCCAAACAACAGCUCCUUCGUCGCGUUGUCGCAGUCGGAGAUCAAAUUUUUCUCCUUUGCACAGGACAUGACGGUCCGACUGGUGUCCCGCGUCCUGUUCAAGCAGAAAAUCGACGACCUCGCGGUGUUCGACGACGUGCUCUACCUACUGUCCGCCAAGGGAAAGGUUUUGUGUAUCGACUACGACGGUAACCUCCUUGCCACGGUGGGGUACCCCGGGGUCCGCUUCACCGCUCUGCAGAUCUCCACCACUAACGGCCAGAUGAUCCUGGGCAGCAGCGUCGGCGACUUGUUCCUCUACUCCCUGGCCCGGCUGGAGUUCAAGAAGAAGAUUGAGUGCCCGAAGGUCGCCGCGGGGGACAGCACGGGCGCCACGCAGAACAACGGGGAGCAGAUCUACAAGCUCAGCUUUGGCAUGAACCUCGACUACGUUUUUUCCACUUUCCUGGAUUCCAGCGUCGGCAUCGCGCACCUGCCCACCAACACCUACGUCGGCCUGCGCAUGGGCCACCUGCUCCCGGUGAAAACCAUCGCCCGCGCGCCGACGCUGCAAGUGCCCGCCGUGCUGGCGAGUAAACUGAUCGACCCGGACCGGCACGCGGUGUCCAACGCGCUCUCGUUUGUGUCCGUUAGCCAGGACGGAAGCUUCUUGUCGUGGCCCAUCACCGGCUCGCCCUUUCGCACCGAGGUCUACUCCGCGAGCGACCAGGCACCCUACGAAAUGAGCGGCCUCCCAAACGUACCAGAAACCUUCCAGCCAGGUGUAGUACGCAUUUGAUUUCAUCGGUUCUUGUUUUGGUCGUGGUCGUAGUACACAUAAGUUCUUAGAGUAGAAGAAGAGUUUCAUAAAUACUUGUGAUCUUGUUUGGAAAAGGCAGCUGACAUCAACCCUCGUGCUUUAAGAUCGUCUUCCAAGUAUCUUAUCAGAAGUGGCAGCGCGCAAAGAAUAAAUGGAAAAGCUAAACAACCACAAGAAUCUAGAUCCUUCCGCACCUACUUACAGCACCUUACCUCGCGACUUCGGAGACGCCCAAGCAGAAGAUUGCGCUCACCGCUGCCGCGUUCCGGAAAACAAGCAACAGCAUUGCGCUAGAUGGCCGGUUGAACGGGAGCUACGAACUGUUGGCCGGCGUACAGGACGGCGCGCUCUUUCUGUACACCUAUGAAGAUAACCGCACGCCGCCACGAGCAUCCUUCACCAUCAGUCAACAGGCGAACAUGGAGAUGAACAAAAAUUCGUCAAAGUCCCCCGAGCGCUUCAGCUGGCGGCUCGCGCUAUCAAAUGUAAAAGUGUCUGGGUCUGGAAGAAUGCAACUUGUGACGCUGCGUUUCGAUGUCUAAAAAACUUGUGUUGCAUGAGCAGCAAAAGGAAUCUAAUUUUUAUUUUUGCUACGCGGAGAGGGUAUUUGUCAUGCAGAAUGGGCAUCAAGAAUCCCUCAAAAGACCUGUGAUGCUAGGGCAUGCAUUACAGGCAUCAUGGGCCAUGAGAAAUAUGCAUGACAAAUCUUGCAUUCUUCCAGACCCAGACAUUUUUACAUUUGAUACGCGCUGGUCCGGCCGCCGCCGCCGGAGCUCCGCGAGUGGCAGAUCGGAAGCAAGUCCAUGCAAAUGAAUGUGAGCAAUGCCGUAUCCUGAGUAAAAACGCACCCACACCAGAGUCAGGAUGGGGAUUUUGCAACACAAACCUAGGAGCUUUGUGAGUCACGCAUGACAAGUUCCACUCUGCAGUGUAGUGCAGGUUAGCAAGUGCAGCCGCAUGACAGAUUCAUCUGCUCAUCCUGUUCACAGCAUCACAAAUUCCAAAACACGAUUGGAAAUGGCUCUCAUGGGGAUGCGCAUAACAAGUCUUCCUGUCUUUGCAAAUCUGCAUUACAACUCUGGUGUGGGUACGUUUUUCCUCAGGAUAUGCCGGGGUUGCGAUAAAAGCCAUGGAUGAGGAUGCGGACGACCUCGAGGUGGAUCCAUCUCGAGACGCAGCUGUCCACGCCGCAGUGGGCAGCGUUGCAGCUGCAGCACCCCCUACUUUAUCGAGGGGUCGUGAUGCGGGGGGAAGCAACGGCGUCAUUACGGGCACCUCCGCCGCGUCCUCUUCUACGUCUUUGCCCUACUGCUGCGACCUCCAGUUUUACGCAAUGGGGACAGAGAGCAGAUGCAUCCCGCCUUCGUGAUGAAAGUGAUGUACAACUUAUUGCACGGCUAGAUCUUCCACCAGUGCUUUGCUGGUACAAAUCUGCAUAUAGAUGAACUUGAUGCUCUCAUCUGCUUUCAUCUUCCCCACGCCGGGUAUUUUGGCAAGCGGAAUAUAGAAGUGCAACGCAAAAAUUAAUAGAUCAUACAUUCUAUCAAUGUUGACGAUAUGUGGAAUCAACUGCCCUCUGCUUCCCUCCAUACUGACCUUCCGCUCGACCCCCCAAGUGAGUAUUACGCCCAGGCGAACGGUAUAGCGCAGAUGAAUCCUGCAACUGCUGCCGCUUCCGGGGGCCAGCAGGGCGCCCAGUCGUACGUGCUGGCGACGUACACCAACGGGUUCUCGGAACUACUUUCCUACCCGGAGCUCCGCCAGCAACUGGUGCUGCAGAACCCGCCACCCGCGAGCUCGCCUUCCGCGGCGGGCGGGGGCGGAAAAAGCAGUAGCAGCACCAAGUGCAGUGCGAAGUUUGUGCGGCACCCAGACUACGAGAAGCGGGUCUACGACCAAAACUUGUACAUUCUUGCGCAAUCCGCCGCGAACAACAACGAGCUAGUAUCAAACUGGAAACAGUCAUGUCAGGUCCAUGGACGAGAAAGAUGAUUUUAUUUCUAGCUGCUAUUUAUGGUCGUGUGCCUCAUCAAAUACAGACACAGAGUUGGUCAUACGUCGAGAUCUGUUUGUUGACACGGAAGUCGGAAGCAUAUCUGUUUCCUAUACGCGAAGCCGCCACUACAAGACGAUGAUGAAGUCGUCGGCUUUCGCGGGACAACCACGAAUAAACGCCUUGAAAGAAAAGCCUGAGCACUGCGAACAUGCAGAGCUACUUAAAUAUGCUUCCAUCUUCCCGCUAUUGAAGCCAUAGAGCGAUUUCUGUUAAUGUGUUCCCUAUCAUUCCCUCCACCGCAAAGACGACUGUUUCCCGUCGGAUACGGUAUCCUGUUUGAAGUGUACCGCCUCGGGUCCGGUUUCGCGAAGAGUACACUGAAGACCUUCGAAGUGACCGCGACCGUUCCUGCGACCCAGACGAUGAGCGCCGGCGGGUUCGGAUCCGGGGCGCAAUCCACGCGGGGACGCGCUGGCUCAGCGGGGGCAGCACUGGCUGCAACUCGGAGCGACACGCCCUGCAUCACCGACUUUUCCGUGCAUCCCAGCAAGCUGUUCGUCGUCAUCACUGCAGUCAUUCCACAGGAGGACUCGCCCCAGCUCUCCAUCUACGACCUGUGGAGCGGGGAGAAACGGCAUCAAAUGCCGUUGUUUGCUUCGGUACUCAUCACCAGUCUCGCACCUCUGCGGCCGAUAUCGAACUGAAAAUAAGGGCAGUCCCCCAAGAGCUCCGUACCAACUAGUACGCACACGAAUUUCAUUGCGCUGCGUGAUCUUCUCUCCAGUGACCAAGUGAUUUUGUCAUGAUGUCUCCUCAAGGACAGAGACGUAGAAGACGUUUCCAGACCAGCAUUUGCUCCUAGCUGCAUUGAUUUGACAAUGAAAGUGACAGCAGAGUAACAUAUUGCCAUUGGCUUCUCGUAUAUUAAACAUUGCUUGUGUGCGCUGGCUGCCAUGCGGGGGAAUUUCUUUGCUUCAUAUUCCAGUAUCUGUUGCGACCCGAGCGGGGCGUUUGUUUUCGCCGCGAGCACACCGGCUUGGGUAAGUAUUUCCUUUAAUACUUCAGAUGCUGUAAAGAUUGUGAAGGACGGAGUAGUAAUGCAACAGCACGGUCGUGGUUUGCUUCUUCCAUAUCGUUGAGAAUUAGCGGCUACCUCCUCCAGAAAAAAAAAAAAACAGGUCGGGAUAUCCUAUGUAAAAACGUCCCCACACCAGAGUCAAGCUGGGGAUCUCGCAACACAAAUCGAGAAGUUUUGGGGGUCCAGCAUGACAAGUUCGUCUCUGUACUGUAGUGCAAUUUAGCAAGCACAGCCGCAACACAAAUCCAUCUACUCAUCCUGUCGACAGCAUUACAAAGCGCAAAACGCGAUUGGAAAUACCUCUCAUGUGGAUGCGCAUUACAAAUCUUCCUGUAGCUGCAAAUCUGCAUGACAACUCUGGGGUGGGUACAUUUUUGCUCAGGAUACGGGAGUUUCGAGCAGGCGGCCCGGGAUCUCGCCGAGGUGCCGACAAGUACGGCCCUUGUGAUAUCAACUGUAAAAAUGUCUGGGUCUGGAAGAAUUCAUGUUUGUCAUGCUUGUCUGGCAUGACUUUUAAAUCUGUCAUGCACGUUACCCAAGAGCUCCGUUUUUCUGUGAUGCAGAAGCGCAGUUUGUCAUGCAGAAUGGGCAACACCUAGGAGCUCAGAAACUUGUCAUGCUGAGCCAGCAUUUGUAGCCUCAUCAUGAGACGCCACCCAGCAUCACAAGUUUCCAGACCCAAACACUUUUUACGGUUGAUAUGUGACCGACAGCUGCCAAUUGGUCAAUCCCAUGCAGGAAGAGCUUCGCAAGGCCACCACCGGCGCAAGGAAUAACCAAAAUGUCCGCCUGCCACCCACCGCCAGCGUGCUCUGCGUGAUCGACUUCAGGAAGGCCACGUUGCUGCACCAGAUGAGCCUAGACAUCUGCGCCUUCUCGCUGGGAUCCUUCGAGACCAAAAUACACGACCCCACGCAGGUACAUAAAUCAUUUCUGCGUACUUGUUUACUUCAGUUCAACUCAACUAUCCAUGCACUGUCUACACUGUCUCUAGUAGCUCGGGCUCGACUACAUCGGGCUAUUGCUAGCAGUGCCUCCCUCAUCUACAAUUGAAUCCAGCACGGCUUCCUUUCGCACUGACAUAACAUGUAUCAACAUGAGAUGAGCAGCUCCUGCAGGUUGAGAACAAAUAUUCUCUACUUCAAUUUGGUAAAGAAGUAUUUCAAAUGCUUCUUUUCUGCACAGCUUCUGAUCGGCAGUCACGACGGCACUAUUUCCAUCUGGUCUCCCCCGGAGAGCGUGCGACGCGUCAUCCGCACGUGGCUGAAAGAAGCCGAGCAGGCGAGCUUGCAAGCGGUCUCAGACGUGCCCCAAUCCCUCGAAAACGCGAUCGAAUCCUUCUGGUUCUACUCGCAACGCCACCUCCCCGUGCAGUGGUCUGAGGAGAAAUAUCGUCCGGUGGAAGCGGCCAACGGACCGCCGCCGCAGCGCGACCGCGCCGGCAGCUCGAAUUUUUUGUUGCCGAGCGAGGACUAUUCCCGCCUGAACUUCGGGACCAGCAGUGCCGCGGUAGGGAGAAACGACGAGCUAAAUUUCGGGCUGAAUACCGAUGAGGACGUAGUGGUGCAAGCGCGCGAGGGGCGGUUGGGCCACAUGGUCGAUGGUCCGGCAUCAACAUCGCCCCUGAAAGCGAGCAACGCUGGACCGGGCGGCGUCGGUCCUCUACCGGGGUCCGCCUCGUCUUCGUCUGCGAAUGUGAACUUCCGGCAAGUCAACCUCGAGGAGCCAUUCAGCAUGGGCGGGACCGCAUCUCGCCGAAGCAGAAACUCCUCCUUUGACGUUAUGAAAACGAAAUUGUGCGUCACAGUCACGACCUCAGAGCCGUUUUGUAAUGCAAAACGCCUCACGACAAAACGUCUCGGAGGGUAUGACUGUGCCGCGGAGUGUCGUUUUCAUACACGUUGGUCCCUUUGCAGCGGGCGGAAAUUUCAGUGGGUCCAUGAACAUCAACCAGCAACUAGUCGCCCCGGCGCCGGGGAGCUCGGGCAACCUGUUCCGGCAGAGCCAGCAAGGCCGGAAGCUGUUGGGGGACGGCAACCCACCCGAACUGGUCUACAACUAUGAAAAUGAGGUGGGCGGCCAGGACGGCGAUAACUUUGACCUGGUGGAGGACAUGUUUGCCGGCUUUGAGUCCUUCGAACGUAAUGUCGUCGGUCUCGGACCGGAGGACGAUGACAGUGACGAGGAGUACUGAGGCGAAGCGCGAUCAAGUUGCAAAAGUAGAGCGUCUUCGACUUCUGCCUCCCACUUUAUCUUUAUGUGUGCUCUGAGGUCGAGUACCCACUGAAGAACAGAUACGAAAAUAAUAAUACGAAGCUUCUACUCUCUAAAAAAUUUUCACGUCUUUCGCAAUGGCUCAUGUGCAAAGUAGUUCCUAUGAAGAUACUACGUUUUUUUCAUAUUUCGCAACUUAUUGAUUUUCAAUCACGGGAUAGCGACUCAAAAGAAGGAACGCCUGCUCCUACGCCCACAGGGUCGACAGUGACAGAUUGCUGACAAGAAUUCCUGAAAACGCAAUCGAGUUGCCCUGGCCUGAAGUGUGGGAAGCAAGCGUAUACAUAGAGACCUGGUGUGCUUGUGAACUAACGUGAUACAGUGAUAGAUCCAGAUGAAGGAGCGCCGGGUAUUUAUUCUGAUUUCGCAGCUCAUUUUGCUGCGCCCGGGGGAAACCAA